GUCUCUUUUGGCAACGCAGCAAUCGAAGGAACCGUGACUUGACUUUGGCUUCCUGCAUUGGCCGGGAGCUUCAGUCAAAGACACUUGCUCUUUGAGGAAUCAUUCUCCGCAAAAGUCUUACUCUGUUCUCCGAAGGCAUCAGUCCCACUCACAGGCAGGUCCGUCACUCGCGCUCCAAGUCGUCGCUCAUCGACAGCCCGCCACGGCCCUUAUCGACUCAUUCCCUCCAUGUUGAGGGGCGUCGCUCGCUAGACUCGCCUUACGCCUCUGAGGCUACUACUGAAGCUCACAUCAAAGAGUUUGGGCGCGCCUACUUCAGAGCCAGGAUGGCCAUGAGUUUUGCUUCUGCGUCCGCCGUGCCUGGAGCCAAUGCGCGAACUGCUCUGGGCGACGAGAUACAAGAGAUUGUCGUCGAGACUCUAAAUUUCAAAGCCCUCAAUGGCGAGAAGAAGGUCAAGCUCCUCCGUCAACCCUGGCCACUGAACGAUCUGCCGUCAUCCACAUCAUCCCUCCUCAGUAUAUCGUCAAAGCAAGGUCUUUUGGCAGCAGCGGGUCCCAAUUCGCUUGUGCUCGCCAGAACUAAGGCAGUCCGCGAUGCCUUCACAAAUGAAGACGGACAAGAUGUCAGGGACUUCCAGCCAGCCAUGGAGAUCCCGGUGCCAAAACUUUCGCAAGUCGCCUUUACAGCCGACGGUGCGUUCUUGGUGAUAUGUGCCCAAGAAGGAGGAGGACUAGGUGUGUACGAGACGCAAUCAAUCCUUCAGGACAAAAAGGAGCCCGCGUUUCAACUAUCCACCAACCAGACUUCCAUAAGGGCGCUCGUCCCUAACCCGGCAUUAGAAUUUGCCCAUUUGGUUGCUGUCAUACUCACAGAUGGCAAACUCCUCAUUGCCGAUUUGAAGACAAGGCAAUUCACAAAGAACAGCGCGGGCUCGCCCUCGUUAAAGGAAGGCGUUGCUGCGGUGUCUUGGAGCAAUCGCGGAAGACAGCUUACAGCCGGUAUGGCCGACGGCAAUUGUUUCCAGCUGGAUCAGACCGGUGCUGUCAAAGCAUCAGUUCCCGCGCCUCCUGAAUUGCCAUCUCCAUGUCAUGUAUCAUCCCUUGUCUGGCUAGCCAACGAAGAAUGGCUAAUUUGCUACACGCCCAAUAAUUCAGAUGACCCGGACCGCGCUCCAGAGUCAAUAAUAUGUCAUGUACAGACGGACAAGGAGCGAUCAAAUUUCGUUUACCGCAAACCCGCUAUUGAGCCCGUCGGUAAUUUUGGCAUGAAUCGUGUUCCAUUAACGUACUACGUCGCCCGCCUACGCAACUGGUAUAACAUCAAGGACUGGCUCAUAUUAUCAUCAGUCGUUUCUUCAGAAACAGCAAUGUUCACGAAUGCAACUGCACCGCUAACUAGUGAAAGCCCCGUCACUGGUACGUAUACUGUCACUGCCUUCGCAAACGAUUCCAGCCGGCUGUCUAUCCCAAUGAGUGUCUUGGAUGCUGAAGACACCACCCCAAUCGGCAUGGCCUUGGACCUUAGCAGUACUGACAAAGUUCUGCAACCAAUACCCGGGGAUGAAAUGGACGAAUCGCCAUUCCCACUACCUGCUCUGAUGCUACUGAACAACGAGGGUGUUCUUGUUGCAUCUUGGAUUGUCUACAACGAUGCUCUACGCAACAAUCAGCCAUGUCCAGACAUGACUGCGACUUUACCAGCGGCGCAGAUCACUUCACCGCAAACACCGGCGACUAAUGUCUUUGGGGCUUCCAUGGCUACCCCCGCUCCACCAGCGUUUGGUGCAGGGUUUGCAAAACCUGCUCUGCCUGCGUUCGGUCAGUCCUCUUUUGGAAGCGCGAGUGCCACGCCGACAUUUGGAGGCACUUCACAGAUGGGCAACAAGCAGUCGAUUUGGGGCGGAGGAGGAAUUACUGCCGCCAAGCCAGCCUUUGGUCAGUCGAGCAUGGGAGUUGGUAAGCCCACUUUCGGUUCGACAUCAGCGUUUGGUGCAGCGGCGAACAGUGCGUCACCGUUUGCUACCAACGCAGGUAAAAGCUCUGCCUCACCGUUUGGAGCAUUGGGAAACAGUGUAGCUAAUUCUAAACCACCUGCUGCAUCGCCUUUCAGCACCUUCGCUAGCAGUGGUAGCACCUCGUCUCCAUUCGGUGCUCUCGCAUCGAAUCAAUCCCCAUUUGCCCAACAGGGAAAGUCAGGUCAGUCCGUGUUCGCAACAAGUGGUACAACAACAGGUAGCACGCCAACCGCAAGCUUUGGUAUGAGCUCACAGCCCAGCUUCGGCUCUACCGUCAGUGUUGACACAAGCGCAGGCGGCUCCACACUUGGCGGUAAAUCUGUUUUUGGCACGCCUUCUCAGCCUGACAGUGUCUUUAACAAGCCUACUUUAACGCCUGCUGAGUCGCGCGAAUCAGAUAUGAUGGAUGAUAGUGACAAAGCACCGACUCCUAAGGAUGAGAAAUCAACCUCUGGAAUUCUCGGUCUGCCCCCUGGAGGCUUCAAACUCGGGACUACGUUUAAGCCUGGCAAUGUUGAUGACAAGUCAGACGCAGAGGAAGAGAAGAAGAAACCGGAAUCACGACCCCAUGGUCUUUUUGGUGCUGAUUUUGGCGCUGCCUUGAAUGACGCUCAGAAAGAGCGUGAAAAAACUGCCACACCUCCAAUAAAGAAAGAGCCCCAGGGCGAGGAGAAGAAGAGCAUUUUUGGCCUGCCGUCAAUAGUGAAGAAAGAAUCACCAAACGAGGAGAAAAAGAGCAUUUUUGGUCUUCCAUCAAUGGUAAAGAAAGAAGAGGACAAGCCGAAGCCCUCAAUCUUUGGUUCAGAUAGCACGUCGACGCCGAACAACACUUUUUCAUUCGGCAAACCAUCGGCCACACCAGCGUCUCUCAAGCCCGACCCCGAACCGCCGCAAGUCACCUCGAAACCAGCACCGUCGCCGUCGACAACUACGGCACCCUCAAGUGAAGGUAAAACAUCAUUUAAAGGCUCCAAAGAUGGCUCUGAUGACAGUGGUCCUCUUGCGGGCAGCGAAGCAGAAGCUGUCGAGAUGCCAGCUUCUGACGACGAUGAUCUUUUGGAAGAAGGAGAGGCGGUCGAUGACAUUCCACUUCCUCCCGAUCCAUCAACCAUCAAGGUUAAGAAAGGUUUCUACGAUUUUAUGCCUGGAGCUUCGACAUCCCAAGAAGCACCACCACCCAAAGCACCCAGUCCGCCGCUCCAGACUCAACAGCAAUACAGCACACAGUCGCCUGCGCCACUUUUUGAUAGCAAGUCAUCGACAACACCUGCUGGCUUCCCUAAGGCACCACAAAUGUUUGCACCGCCCAUUCCGGCUGUUCGAGACAUGCCACGAUCACCUUCACCAGUCCGCUCAGCAUCUACACCAGCAGGUAGGCCUUUCUCAAGACCUUCAUCUCGGCCUUCAAGCGUCCGACCGCCAGUCACGUCAUCGAUACCUCCACCUCAACAGCCCGCCCAACCAGCUGUAGUUACACCUGCAAGCUUACAAGAUAAGGAGGCCGAGAGAAACCGAGUCAUCUUGGAGUCUCCCAUCCAACCGACUUUAAGACUUGCCAAAUACAUCACCCAUCAGGAUUAUGUUGGUCCUAAAGGCGAAGGGAAGAUCUCAUCUCAAAUUGAAAAUCUCUUCCGUGACAUAAACUCUAUGAUCGAUGCUUUAGGACUGAACGCACGCGCUCUUACCGAGUUCGUAGAAGGACAUAACAGCUUGAUGCCCGACAACGGCAGAACCAAGGAGGAUAUUGAGAAUCCUGACGAAGAUGAAGGGUGGUGCCUUGCUGAGAUUGAUGAACUGAUGGCGAUUGAACGACAACUUAAUGACGAACUGGACGGCGAGCGCAUCGAAGACAAGGAAGAACUGAUUGCGGAACUUUUCGCAAUGCGGCGUGAGCUCGUGAGGGUAAAGAACAAGUUGAAGGAAGUGAAACACUUUUUGGUGCAAGCUAAAGACACGGAAAAAUUGGAUCAGCGACGGAAGGCUCCUCUGGACAAGGUUAUGGAGUCAAAGCAGCGCGAGGUCAAGCAGGACAUGGCCAGGUUUUUGAAACUUCUGGUUGAAGCCGAAGAGGCGGUCAGUAUGCUUAAAGUCAAACUCGUGAGCUCUGGAAAGGGUGCUGGCGGGCAGGUUCCUACUGUGGAGGCUGUUGAAAAGACGGUUAGGAAGAUGACUUUGUGGGCGGAGGAGAAGGGUACGGAUCUCGACGUCUUGGAGGCACAAAUGAAGAAGCUUGGUCUACUUGGCGCCAGUUCGCGCUACAGUCCGCGUACUAGCAUGAACGGGAGCACGGCCAGACUGAGGAGGUCUGGGAUCUUCUCAACGCCGUCGCCCAAGAAGACUCCUGGGAAGAAAACAAGCUCGUUUGCUGUGCCUGAAGAGAGCGAUAGUGAAGGUGAGAGUGAUGCGAACGGCUUUGUAGAGAUCGACGCGAAACAAGAGUUUGUUCGAGAGAUGGUUGAAGCAAGGCGGAGGAAGAGAGUCGCAAUGGGCAGAGUUAGAGAUGCCCUGCGUAGACGCGGACUUAAAGUGACGGAGGCUUGAAAUUGAGGACAGCUCUGUCUGCCUGUAUGAAUAUGCAAUGUGAGAGAUAGGUCGUCGUAUUGAAUUCAUACGAACAGUAAAUGUAAUGGCUAAUAUCGUCUUGGAA